UAUCGGAGCGAGCACACGGAAACGAUUACAAAGAAGUGUUCUUUACAGUACGUCCACAGAUUGCAUCGACGCCGUUUGUCACGGGUGGACCCUGAUAUGACCGAAGCAGGCACCGGGUGUUAUACCAUACCUCCGGAAUGCUCUCAGGACGAAUUGUUUUACAAGACCUACCACCAGGCAGGCGGGAGGCGUGGAACAUGUUUCAUUAUAAAUAUCAAAGAUGUUCCUGGAAAGGAGCGACGAUGGGGCACCGAACAAGACUUCAAGAAAAUUCAAGAAGUAUUUGGUGAUGUCCUUCGCUUUGAUAUUCAUUUCCGCAUCGAUCCCAAAAAGACAGAUUUGGAACGUGCUCUUCUACAGUGUUCAGAGGCUAUUGGGAAGGACUUAAGCUCAGAUUCCUUCGCCUGCUUCGCGUUGAGUCACGGGGACGAUGGUUUCAUACUUUGCGGCGACGGGCAAAAGUUUAACACACAAGACAUCUUCGCUUAUUUCACGGAUGAAGCUUGUCCAAGCCUGGCUGGAAAACCCAAAUUCUUCUUCAUCCAGGUAAGCCUUUGGAUCAUUGCCCUCACAAGUACAGUUAGGAACCUGAGUAAUUGUACAUCUGAUCUGUGAACUGUAUUGCUCCUU